UGACGCCAAUGCACACCACAAUCUCUGGGGAACCACGGAUACCAACGGAAGAGUAAAUUCGAAAGGUACAUAUCCAAAUUAUCAUGCAGUCCUAGUAAAAAAUCCAAAGAAAUUUUCGACUUAUGUAGAGGACCACAAGCAUACGGACAACAUAAUUUCUUCUGAAAAUAAUCUGCAACAAAAUCUUCUACAUAUUUGUUGCAAACAUAACAUAAAUAAACUAAUCAGACGCCUUGCAGGACUGGGCUGCGAUCUAGCUAAACAAGAUUUUAAAGGACAAAUGCCUAUAAAUUUGGCCCUGAAUGCAAAUAAUGUCAAGUGCAUCAAAGAAUUUUUGCAGCUGAUGAGACAGGUGAAGAAUCCAGAAAUAAUAGAGAAAUGUAAAGGAAUGUUUAAUGUCCGCAACAAGGAUGGGAAUACCAUUUUGACUUUAGUUUGGCAGCAGAAACGGGACGUAUUUAAAGAGUUCUCAAUUUUUUGCAUUAGAUUUGAUGUAAACCUAAACGAUGAGGAAAGGAAUCUUUUGCGAAGAGAUAACUUACAUUAUACCUGGACAGACUAUAACAGAGUUUUGAGACAAAAUUCUCUACAAUUCCUUUCUUUUCUAAAUUACCCAAACCAUCUUCACAACAUUAUUUCUUGUGUAAAUACUCAUGAACAAAAUCUCCUACAUGCUUGUUGCGAAUAUAACAGAUUUAAAGUAAUCGGACCCCUUGUCAGACUGGGCUGCAAUCCAGCCAAACAAGAUGAUGAAGGACAAACGCCUUUUGAUUUGGCACUGAAAUCUCAAAGUAACGAGUGCAUUGAACAAUUGAUAAUAUACUGUUCCAAUAGAUGGAGAAUACAAUGGAGGAGAAUGUAUAUAAGAUUAUAGACACCCACUUUAAUUUCCAACAAAAACAAAAAAAAAUAUUGUAAAAAUAUUAAAUAAAUAAAAAUAAUAUAUUUAACAUCAUUAAACAAAUACAUGUAUUUUCUUUAAAGAAAACAAACUACGAGCAAAAAAAAAUGUUGAGAACAUUUCUUAAGCACCUGAGAAACAUUUGACGCAAGUCCCCAUUGGCCGUUAAGUCUAACAUAAAUUGUUGAAGAGAAAUAUUGAAUAAAUACAAAGUCCACGAGUAUCAGAAUAAAAAAAAGAAAAACAAAAUUAAGUAAAAGAAAAAAAGUGGACAACGAUUUUGUAUAAACUCCCCUGAAACAUAAAAUUGCCUGAAACAAUCAGAACCACAGUUUGUUUCACCACCUAAUAAGUGCUUAAUGCUAACAUAUUACAAAACAGAAUACAAAUACAAAACACCGUUAAAGAGCUAUUGAUACCAAACAAA